UGGGGGCUGACAGGCGGAGCGGCUCAGUCCACACGCGAACCUGCUGGAGGCCGCCGGAGCUGCGCGCUGUAAAUUAUGUACAUAAGUUACUGACUGAUAUAUUCGGGCCAACGCGUGAAUGUUCCGGCCGCGCAGCGAGGCUGGGAAUCGGUGAAGCAAACGGCCCAAGCGUCGCUGGGACUGGAACACACGUCCGCCAAGUGCCCCGCGCCCGCCUCCCCCCGCACGCACGCCGGCCGAGGCUCGACGGCUCCGCUGGGGAUCCUCACACCGACUCCGCCGCGAGAGAGCGAAGCCCGGGUGAAAUUGAAGGAGGAAAACAAACGGACGGGUGUUUUUUUUUUUUCUCCGAUGGGUUUAUUUUUGUAAUUGUAUUUUUUAUCAGCAUCCGCAGGUGUGGAAUCUUUUUGUAGAGACAGCAAGCUCGUUGUAAAUCCAACGUUUGUAAAUAGCUGCAGGAAUAAAGAAGUGAGUUGUCCGUAGCUGUCUGCGCUCACCGGCUUUUUUAAUUUUUGCUUUUUAAAUACAUCUACGGACCGACCGGCUACCAUGUUGCAUCGGGGGUUCACUUGAAGAUUUUCACUCAACAGUUUGAAAGAAAGCUCUGCAGCUCCCCCAACAGAUCUCUGAUCGGGUUUGAUUUUGUGAGAGCUGGGAGACGUGUGGCUCUCUUUGAUUAGUGCUGCAUCUAUGUGGGCUCUGAAGAAAAUGUAGGAAAUGGUGAGGAGGAAAGUGAGGACAGAAACUAUCAUCCUGCAGCUGUGGGCUAACCCUUCCUUUUCUACGGAAAAUCUUCAAAGAAGAGGAGAGAGAGAAAAGGAGAAGGGUCAGUAGAUUGACAAGGGGAAGGCUUCAGGCAUUUACAGCACUGGACGGACUGCCUGAGCGACUGGAAGGGGUGCGUGUGUGACCACAGAAGGACAGAGACGGGGACUGACGGAGGAGCAAAGGUUUGGAGGAGGCGGAGGAGGAGGUCCAGGAGGGGUGGGAAAGGCCCUUCCCAAUGGCUACUGACCCAGGAGAGCCCACAGGCACUGAGGACUCCUCAGAGAAACCUGAUGGACAGAGGAAAGAGGACACAGAGCGGGAGGGCCAGGACAACCAACAGUGGGAGAGGACACAGAGCAACCCGUCAGACCUCUCCUCCGCCCAGACUCCAGGGAGGAGAGUGGCAGGAGUAGAUGAUGGAGGGAUCCAAGGAGGAGGAGGAGGACAAGGGGAAGCCGGCAAGGAGAGAGAGGAGACCAUCCUCAAACCGAUUUCGUUCUACACGCGCUCCCUAUCAGUCGACACUGGUCAGAAGCAACUGAGGAGGGAGAAGCGCUUUUUCAGGAAGAGCGUUGAGGUUUGUGAGGAGGAUGAUGAGCCUGAGGUGACCCCUGAGGCUGCCCACAGUGCCCCGCAACUGGAGCUGCGUUCCUCCGACUCGGUCUUCACCAGCAGUGCCGAACAGCAGGGGGCUGAUGCGACCUGCGCUGCUCUCUGCAACGACCCAUCUUGCGUCAGCUCCAGUCAGGAUCCUGGAAAGGAUGUUCUUUCGUCCCUAGCCAUCCAGAGGGGGAAGGAAAGGGACCGUGAGCUGGAGGAAGAGGCCGAGAUGAAGGCCGUGGCCACGUCUCCUGGAGGAAGGUUCCUCAAGUUCGACAUAGAAAUUGGAAGAGGAGCCUUCAAAACAGUUUAUAAAGGCCUGGACACCGAGACCUGGGUAGAGGUGGCUUGGUGUGAACUCCAGGACCGCAAACUGACCAAGGCGGAGCAGCAGCGCUUCAAGGAGGAGGCCGAGAUGCUGAAGGGACUUCAGCACCCCAACAUCGUCCGCUUCUAUGAUUCCUGGGAGUCUGGGCUGCGCGGCAAGAAGUGCAUUGUACUGGUCACUGAACUCAUGACUUCAGGAACACUCAAAACGUACCUUAAGCGCUUUAAGGUGAUGAAACCCAAGGUCCUGAGGAGUUGGUGCAGGCAAAUUCUGAAGGGCCUUCACUUCCUUCACACCAGGACUCCUCCCAUCGUCCACCGGGAUCUCAAAUGUGACAACAUCUUCAUAACGGGCCCCACAGGAUCAGUCAAGAUAGGUGACCUCGGACUGGCCACUCUGAUGAGGACCUCCUUUGCCAAGAGUGUCAUAGGAACGCCUGAGUUCAUGGCUCCAGAGAUGUAUGAGGAGCACUAUGAUGAGUCUGUGGAUGUUUACGCCUUUGGGAUGUGCAUGCUGGAGAUGGCGACGUCAGAGUAUCCCUACUCUGAGUGCCAAAACGCAGCUCAGAUCUAUCGCAAAGUCACAAGCGGUAUAAAGCCAGCCAGCUUUGAUAAAGUGAACGAACCAGAGAUAAAAGAGAUCAUUGAAUGCUGCAUUCGUCAGAACAAGAGCCAGCGACUCUCCAUCAGAGACCUCCUGAACCAUUCGUUCUUCGGGGAGGACACGGGGGUCCGGGUGGAGCUGGCAGAGGAGGACACAGGCACCCAGGACUGUUUGGCUCUCCGGAUUUGGGUUGAAGACCCGAAGAAGCUCAAGGGGAAGCACAAAGACAAUGAGGCCAUUGAGUUCAGCUAUGACCUGGAGAAUGAUAGCGCUGAGGAGGUGGCUCUAGAGAUGGUGAAGUCCGGUUUCUUCCACGAGAGCGACGCCAAAGUGGUGGGAAAAUCCAUACGGGAUCGAGUGAGUCAGAUCAAAAAGUCGCGGGAGCGUCGACAACAGCAGCAGCUCCUCCUGCAGAACCAGGGCCUUGAGGAAAGGAGAGACUCCACUCUCACCUCCCACACCUUUUCUCAUCCACCCUGCUCCUCCACACUGGGGCCAGGGCCAGCUGGACAAACAGGAGGAGGAGUCGGAGGAGGAGGGCUGGAGUUGGAGGAGCGGCCUGAAGUGGACCAACACGUCAGACAGCAGCAUAUAUUCAGUGGGACAACCCUUGGUCUGCCAGAAGGUGAGAGCAUUGGAUCGGCCAGUUGUGAAUCGCAUGCAAGUGGACAGAGCCAGGCGUACUCUCAGCAAGGGGACUCAUACACCCACCCCCAAACGGCGGUGCCCCUUACAGCAUCUACGCUCCCCACUGGUGAGAGUGGAAACUUUACCGGUGUACCACUUGGUCAGAGUGUUGGUAUGUCCGCCAUGCCCAUAGGCCAAAGUGGAGGGGGGCCUGUUGGUCAGACUUUUCUUCAGCCCACUACCAUGGUUCCACAGGUAUCACAAAGUGUACCUCAACAAUAUUUCCAGUCUCAAACAUUUUCAUCAGAGACAUUUCAAACUGCCACUCCCCACGGCUCAAUACUCCCCUCACACUCAUUCAUACCCCCUGUUUCCCCGCAAGCACCCAUUAAUGUUGUCACUACAACCAUGUCCGUCAGUGAUCCUGCUGGACAAGCAGGGAGCAUUGUGCCCCCCGCUCAGCAGACCCAGCCCCCUGCCACUCCCGUGCAGUUCACUGACAUCAUUCCCCAGGCAGCACCCCAGCAAACGCAACCUCUCAUGAUCCCUCAGCAGACCAUUGUCCAACAACAACAGAUUUCGAUGGAUCCACAGACCUCCACCCUUCAGCAACCACAACAGCAAAUGGAGGCCCAUGCCACUGUGCUCGAACAACAAGUCAGUGCCCCUCAGCAACCCACGGAACAGCAGCAGAGCCUCGCAGCCACAACUGUACAUCAACAGGAGCCUCAGCCGCAGAUCUAUGCGCAGCAACCGAUUCCACCUGUCCAGCCAGCUCUUCAUCAGCAAGUGUUGCCCACACAAACAGGUAUGGAUCAGCGAGCUAUGUCGAUACCGCAGGCAGGAGAGCAACCUCAGACUUUUAAACAGCAACCACUAGAGGAUCCUAACGACCAGAACACGAUACAAUCUCAACUACAACAACAGCUUCAGCAACAGCAAUCUCUGUUACAGCAACAGCAGCAACAUCAGCAACAAUUUUUACUGAUUGAGCAACAUCAGCUCUAUGUUCAACAACAGCUUGAUCAGCAGCAACAAGCACUGCUACAGCAGCAGCAGCUGUUUCAACAACAACCACAACAACCGCUUUUGCAACAGCAGUUGGAGCCGCAGCCUCCUCCACAGCAGCAGCAGCAACAGCAGCAACAGCAGCAGCAGCAGCAGCAUCAUCAUCAGCAGCAGCAGCAGCAUCAUCAUCAGCAGCAGCAGCAGCAACAGCAGCAGCAGCAGCAGAGCCAAUUAUAUCAGCAAAUCGGACAACACCAAGCCGGAACUCAAAACGACCUGGAGAAGCAGCACCUAAGUGGACAACAGCAGCAACAGCAGCAGCAGCAGCUGCAGCAGCAGCAGCACCUAAGUGGACAACAGCAGCAACAGCAACAGCAGCAGCUGCAGCAGCAGCAGCACCUAAGUGGACAACAGCAGCAACAGCAGCAGCAGCAGCUGCAGCAGCAGCAGCACCUAAGUGGACAACAGCAGCAAAACAUUGCAUUACAGCAGCAGCAGACUCAACAGCAGACAGAGCAACAACUCCAGCAGCAUGCCUUACUUCGACAAAUGGAACAGCAACAGCAACAGGCACUAAUACAGCAGCAUUUGCAAAGGAGCGCUAUGUUACAACAGCAGCAGCAGCUACAACAGAAUGCUCAGCUCCAGCAACAGGAGCAGCAACAAGUGCAACUCAAGCAGCAGAUAGAGCAGCAGCAGCAGCAGCAGCAAGCCCUGCUGCAGAAACAGUUAGAACAGCAGCGUCAGCAACAAGUCCUGCUACAACAACAGGCAGAGAGAUUACAGCAGCAUGCCCUCAUACAACAACAAAGUCAAGAGCAGCAGCAGCAACAGCAGGCAGCAAUCAUUCAGCUUCAGCAAACUGAGAUACAGGAGAGUGUCUCUUUUCCACAAAGUAACAGUGAGCAACAGAUUCAGCAGCAAUCAACUGAUAUACAGCCUGUGUGUAUCCCACAAAUGAACACCGCUCAGUUUACACCUCAUACUACUCUCACACAGCAGGCGAUAGAGCAGCAGCAGCAGCAAGCAGUAUUGAUCCAGCAGCAAAAGGCAUUUAUUAACCAGCCGCAGAACCAUCCCUCUGUUAUGGAACCUCAUAUUCCAGUCGGCGGUGAGGUGAUUCAGCACCAAACCCAAUCUAGCUCACAGGCCCAGGUCCCCAUGGCCAUCCAGACUACACAGAUCCCUCUCCAGACAGCUGCUGUUGCUCAAGUCUUCACCCAGCAAAGACAAAACGAGGCUCAUCCCCAGAACCAGGGCCAGGUACCAGUCCACUUCUUAGCCCAGACUGCAGCCCAAGCAGCUCAGGCCAUGGCUGAGGCUAAUAUACCUCCUCCAGCAGCAAUGAUCCAGGGACAGAAUCAAAUCAUCCAGACUCAGCAAAUUCCUCUACAGACAAGUUACCCAGGACCUGUCACUUCCACACAGAGCCAAGUAACUGCUCUGCCAUUAAUCCAGACUCAGCGCUUGCAACAAACAAUUACUCAGUCCCAGCAGCCACAUGGCCAAGGCCCGACUGUUGACACUCAGAUGAUGGGCCAACACAGCCAAGCGGUUGUCAACCCUCCAGCUGCAUUUGCUUCAAUUCCCAGUCAAAUCCAACAUGAGUGUCUUGUUCAGCAAAAUGCUCAGAUGCCAGGGCUCAUGCAGCCCCAGCCCCAGCUCCAGCAACGUCAAGACCAGCCAGCUGGCCAGGUGCAUGCUCAGACUGCCGCUGGCCUUUUGACCUCUCAGUGUGUCACUCAGCUUACCCACCAAGCCAUGCCAUCUGCCUACCAGGAUGUAUCUCAAAUUACACAACAGCAACAGCAGCAGCAGCCAGUGCUCCAGUAUCAGCAGAUCAUUCUGUCUCCUGGCUCAGCCACUGUUGGGCCCAAGACAGAUCUCGGUUCUGCAGUUGACCCUGCAAACUUUGCUUCCCCUCCUUAUCCUGUGCAGCAGGCUGGACAAGGCUUUGUUCCAGGCCAAGUUGUUCAGGAUCAGCAGCAGCAGACCGUUGGAAGCACCACUGACCCUUCAUUCAUUCAGGCCCUCUCCCAGCCUGCCCUGCGCCAGUCGACUGAGCAAUACCAGCAGCAGCUGCAGAAGCUUCCUCAUGUGCAUCAACCCCUUGCUCAACCUCCUCCACAAUCUCAGUUGCUGGCACAGCCCAUUGCUACCCCUAUCCAGCAACCAGUUCCUGUGACGGUGGCCCAACAUCCUGCACAGACAGUCUCCAGUAAUGUGGCUGAACCUCAGUCUGAGAACAGGACCCUUCCCCUCUAUAGUCAUCUAGUGACAAGCGCCACUUCGUCUCCACAGCACCAGGCCAACCAGAUGCUGCCAGCUCAAACACACUCACACACCAGCUACCAGGCCCAAAUACACUCGAAGACACAGACACACACUCAGAUACAGUCUCAUUAUCAGACACAGGCUCAUUAUCACACUCAGACACACACUGACACGCGUAACGCUGAACAACCUGUUCUGCCCAGCGCUGUCUUUCCUGCACAACAAAUGCCCCCCAGUCCCUCUCAUACCUCAUGUCCCCCAACAACACUACCAUCUCUCAAAUCCCACUAUCCUGCUGCUGCCCCUGCUCCAGAGCUGCCUACAUCUCCGCCAGCGGCUCAGGUAACCUUCCCAAGGCAGGCCGCCGACUUUACCCCCACUUCCCCUCCGCCUGCCGCUACUCUACAAUCGCUUGAUUCUAAUGCCCCCAAACCCUCCCAAGCCUCGCUGCAAGACUGUGACCUUUCCCUGCUAGGCAAUGCUCAGGAUGGCCCAUACCUGUCAAGUAUAGAACAUCAUUCUUCUGCAGGGUAUGUUCCAGCUAAUGGAGAGGAAACUCUUCAGUUCUUGGCCAAUGGUAAAUUAGAGAAAUUGAAAACUCAGAGAAGAGCUUCCGGUCAGAGGCCUGAAAAAGUUUCACAUCAGUUUCAACUGAGCAUGCUCCAGGUGUCCAGCAGUGGGGACAAUAUGGUGGAAUGCCAGUUGGAGACCCAUAGCAACAAGAUGGUGACAUACAAGUUUGACAUUGAAGGGGAUGCACCUGAGGACAUAGCAGAUUACAUGGUGGAGGAGGACUUUGUUCUGGAUGUGGAGAAAGAGCAAUUUGUUGAGGAGCUUAGAACAAUAGUUAAGAAAGCCCACGAAUUUCUUCAAACCCAUUCACAGACUGGAUCGACUGAGCAGCUUCAUUUGGGCACCCCCACCAACACGGACUCAGCACCCCAUUCCUCCCCAGUGGGCCGCUGGCGUUUUUUUAUCAACCAGACCAUCCGCCAUAGAGACUCCCUUUCCAGCCAGGGAGCAGAUACACCACUGUCAACUACAGAAAGGAGGAUUCCCCUGUCUCCUCAAACAGAGAAAGAAAGUGAAGGAUUCCAAAAUCUGGAGUCCUUGACUGGAAGGGCCUCUCCCCCCUGCCCCAGCCUUUCUGCUACCUCCCCACCAGUCUCCACUGUCUCAGCUCCUGCCUCCAUAACCCCCCCAGUCACCACAACCCAUGCUCCCCUCACCACUGCCUCUGAAAGCAUCUCUGCACCAGCCUCCACUCUGCAAGCCUCUGUCCCUGUCACUGCUUCAGGUGGUCUCGAACUGACAGUCCUCCCCUCAGCUUCUGCUGACCAGAUUUCCAGUGCUCCAUCAUCCAUAGUAAUACCUGCUGCUUCUAACCUGUCCAAUGCUCCUUCCGUUGUGUCUCAUGCACCCACUGCCGUUCUUCCUGACAUCCUCACUUCUCCUGGAACCAGUGUUUGUUCCACUUGGGGUCAAACUAUAGGGGAUGCAGUGUUAACUGCUCCAAGGUCAUGUGUGUCCGCAGUGGACCAGUCCUCAACCUCUUUUAAUCCCCCCCCUCCUGCUACUGCACUGACCGCUUCAGCAGGAAGCCAAGCUGGCACGGAGCAACAGCAGCCACUUGCCCAGGUGGCCAAACCAGUCCAACAACAACCACAGCUUCUGUUGCAGCAGCAGAUACCAGUAGUUCCACAGCAACGUCAUACAAUGCAGCUUGAACUGCAGGCACAGCCGAUACAGCGUGCAACACCACAACAGCAAACACAACAUCAAGAACAAAUUCAGCUGCAGCAGUCUCUCCAGCACUUGCAGCAGCAGCAGCUCAUGCAAAAACAAACCCCACUUCAACAACAGGUGACUGAGAUGCAGGCGUUGCCUCAGCCAGGUCACCCAGAGGUGUUACAACAGUCUGUCCCUCUGCAGCAGUCUGUGCCCCCAGGGCCCCAACAGCAGACCCAACAGCCCCUUUUCCAACAGCAGACAGCACAGUGUGCUCCACAGCUGCUGCAGCAGCCUCAGUUACAGCAGCUACCUCAGCAGAUCAUGGCACCACUUGCUGCUGCAGUGCCGCAACAGCAGGCCCACAUUGAUCACCUGCAGCAGCAACAGUUAAACUUGCAACAGACAAUACAAUUACAGCAGCAGCAGUUACAGCAGCAGCAGCUGUUUAUGGAUGCUGUGGCUUUAAAGUCAGAUCAAGACCAAAUGUUGCCCCUGUCAAUCAGUCAACAGUUUCUUCAACAACAGGCGCCACUAAAUGUUGUUUUUUUACCGCAACAGCAGAUUUCACAGAAAACCCAAAUCUCUGCUGAUCUGGCACAACAAAGUAUUCAGUCCCAGACACAGCCAAAACAUGUUGAGCAACAACAGGAUGUCAAAGCUGUGGACACACCCCAGAAACAGCAGCAGUUUCCUGUGCAGAAGCAGACGUCAGAGUCAGAGAUGUCCACCGGGGAGACGAGUGUCACAGAGGACACAGGCAGCUACUCUGCCCAUUUCCACCCUUCCUCUGACUCGUGUCUGCCGCCUCUCCAUCUGGGCAGUGCUGAAGCCUCCUUGCCCGCUCUCUCCCUCACAAUGUCACCAUCCCCUGCUCAGCCCUCCUCUGUGGCUGAGUCAGACAGUGAAGGCCCGCCCAAAAUAGAAUUUGUAGAUAACCGCAUUAAAACUCUGGAUGAAAAGCUAAGGAACCUGUUGUAUCAGGAGUACAGCAGCGGGGCAGUGUUGACCGGAGGAGCUGCCUCCGGCCCAACAUCAGCUGCCUCCACGUCAGCAGGAGGAGACGAGUCAUCUGAGCCCCAGUCACUCCACCACUUGUCUUUUCCCCCACCUGACUCCUCCUCAGAUACUUCCCCACACUCCUCAUCCUCUUCUUCCUCUUCCACCACCUCCCGCUGCUCCUCCACCUCCCCUGACCCAGAGAGGGAUGGGGGGCAAGACGACGCGUCCUCAGAAGGGCCCAAGUCUGCUGGUCCGUGGGCGGUGGAGCAGCAGCCCGGGCCAUGUCUCCCCUCCACCUCUGCGUCAUCGACCCCACCCACCUCUCUUCUGCCUCCCAAUCAGGAUGACUCUGCUGGGCCCCAGCGCCCACCUGUACCAGGAGAACCAACCAUUCUUGCUGUACCCCCACAAUCUGAUACCAGUACGACUGGAGACGCAUCGUGGCCUCCCAAUCAGCAGCCGAUCCCCCUCCGGCAUGGACAGCAGCAGCACAAUGCAGGAGGUGGAUAUUUUGGCCUAAACCUGACAUGUCCUAGUAUCAGAAAUCCUGUUAGCAAGAAAUCCUGGACUCGCAAAUUCAAAAACUGGGCGUGCAAACUGCGCCACUCCGCCAGCUUGUUCAAGAAGCCCAGAGUCCAGCAAGAAGGCCGUUCUACCCGCCAAGCCCUUAGAGAAGAUAAGGAGGCACCAUCCAUGAAUUCACCUCAGUCACGCAAAGGACGAUUUCAGGUGACUCCAGUGCUUCAGACCUCUCCCCCUAAGGAGGUGCCAGCCGGUCAUGUUAGCACUCACAGGAAAGUGGGACGCUUCUCUGUAACCCAGACUGAGACUAAGAAAGAAGAUGGGCAUACUAUUAGCUCCCCGCUGUCCUCACACUUGGAGAGGGAGAGGAGGAGAUCUCGGGCAAAGGAAGGAGAUAAAGAUGAAAAUAAGAAGACCCCAGCGAUGGCCCAUCCGCCUCGGGGUCAUGGACACAGCCACUCACCGCUGGGCAGCAGCGAUGAAGAGGAUGAGACUGAGCUGGAGGAGGAAGACCUGAGAAAAGAGCUACACACGCUCAGAGAGAAGCACAUCAAAGAAGUGGUUUCCCUUCAAGCUCAGCAGAACAGAGAGUUGCAGGAACUUUACAGACAACUUCGUUCAUCCAAAGACCAACGGCAGAGUCUGCCUGCCUCUCUCUGCCGAACCCCUUCUCUUCCCACGGCGGCUCCUCUCCUCUCUCCUCGCAGGCCCAGGCCAGGCAAAAUCAAACUCCGGCCCCGGCCUCACUCCCACAUGGAUAACAACGGAGUUACGCACUCUGGGUUUCAGCAGUCAAGUAGUUUCGCAGGUGGCGAACAGAAUAGACUGCCCCUAUACUGCAACCCCGAGCAGCCCUCAUCACUGCCUGUUAAAAGAGAUCAGAGUCCUCUGAGAAAAAGCACAUUCACAGAUGAACUGCACAAACUACUUGAUAAUUGGACGAAGGAGACGGUGGGCGCCAUCCCACCAAAGCCUUCCCUGAAUCAGAUCAAGCAGAUUCAGCAGGUGCAGGAGUUGGGAGGCUGGAGCCAGCCGACUGAGGUGGCUCCACCAGGUUGGUUUCCUGUGGCAACUCUGAACCCCCAGGCAUCCCCCACCCCUGCCAGCUUGCCUGUGGCGGCCCCUUCUCAUUACACAGGUGGAGGGAGCCUGUCCACCCUGCCCUCACCAGGACCUCCGCCGCAAACGCACGUGUCUCACGCUCCACAGAUGCAGCCAAGUUUACAUCUGCAUCAGUCUCUCCCCCUCCAGCAGAUGACCUAUCAGCCGUCACCGGUUUGCCAGCAGAUACCGCAGCCCCUGAUGCAAACUCCUGUGAAGUCUAAGUCUUUGCCACAGACGCAGCCCAUUACCCAGCUGCCCAACUCACCACCUCAAAGCCAGCCACUGCUGCCUUCUCAAAUGCCCACAUCUCCUGUGUCCACGGCUGUUUCUCUGCUGCCCGGCAGUGGGACCACUGCACCCACAGAUAGUGCUGCUGCUACUGGGGGGACAUUUUGCUCCUGCUCCUCAUCCUCUUCCACCUGUUCCUCCUCUUGCUCUAAUGCUGCUCUACCUUCCAGUGCCAAAAUUCACCCAACACCCCCAACCUCGGCUCUUCCUCUGGGACAGAAAUGAAACCAAGGUGAAGUGUGAGGUCAAUAUGAAGGUGCAAGAGAUUGAAGUAUGAAGUUGGUCAGGAUGUAAAACAGAUCCACGUGGAGUGUUAGUUCUGUGUAUACAUGAGCGAGGUGUGAGUGCAAUGAAUUUAUGGAUACCAGUGUAUGUGAGGGAUGAUAGAUUCUAGUAUGUACAAAACAGACGGUAAUAAGAAGAGGGGGUUUAUGGUUCACGGUAUGUUUGGGUGUUGCGAUGUAAAAAUUCUUUAACGUAUGAGUGUGUGCUUUUAUGAGUGUGGGUGAGUGUAUGUGGAUUAUCUAAGUACAUAUCCCUGAUGUCCUUUGGCAUAAAUCAUGUUCCUUUUUUUCCGUUUUAAAACCAACUCAGUUGGACCUGAAUUCUCCCGGAGCAGAGACAAGGGGGUCAAGCUGUUUGACAGUGUGUUGACAUUAUUAUUAUUUUUCUUAUCAAUGCUUACAGUAAAAGGACUAUCAAUUUUAAAAAGUGCAAUUAGUAAUGGUCAUCGAAGUUGAUCAGCAUGUGUUGUAUUGAUUUGUCUGUAAGGCAUCAAAUAUUUUUGUAAAAGCACAUUUAAAGAAGAGGAGACGCAUAGAGCAUUUUUCCAUGAUCUUUACAUGAUCUUUUAAAACUUUAGGCCUACAGCACAAGGUGUUUAAAUGGGCAACAAACAAUUAAACUAAACAGCAGCAUGUUACACAAAAGAGCACGGUUAAGUUAUCUGGCUUCCAUCGUUACCACAAUACGACCAAAUACAUUGUGACAGUGUUGUGCACUGUACAGCAUGUGCUUAUCUUUUUGUUAUUCUGUGUUUGUAACGUGGAUGCAGACUGAAUAACCAUGAGUGAUAUGAUAUAAAGUCUGAUUGAUUCUUAAUAUGAUGGCAAAUUGAAAUUGAAAAACUACAUGACCUUAUGACUAACUUGAAUUGCCUAAGUGCAAACUGCUUGCACUUGCUAUAUUCAUGAAUCUCACAUUUACUGUUUGCAGCCCACUGAGAAGAAUAAUCAGUCAUGAGUAAACUUGCUUCCAGGAUCACCUGCUUUCCUGUUUGACUUUCUAGUUUUCAGUUGUGGCUCAACAUAUUACAAUAUAUCACCUUGUCAUUCUGAGGUAGAGAACUCAAAAAAAUAGAACUGCCAAGUUAAUAAAGACUGGGGAGACCAUGUGGGUUAUUCCCAUACUGCCUUUUAAAAUGACUGCAUUUUUGUGAGUGUGUGAGUGUGUAUUUGUUGUGUGACAAAGCUUUGUGGUGGUCUCAUGGUACAUUGCAAUAUAGACUGCAGCCCUGUUUCUUUUAUUCAAAGCGGCCUCUUACAUGUCACCGUACCCAAAUGAAGACGUUUACCUUGCCUAUGUCUUGGGCUUGUUUCCUCAACAAACAAAACAAGUGAGACUUUUGACCAUUUGCCAGUUGUACGUUUAAUGUCCAACAUUGUUGUGGGAUCCUCACUUGCCUGUUCGUCAACCUUGUGUGGCGUUGUACAUUUUCCUUAUUUCAAUUGUAAACUACCUUCAAAACUAGUCUUCAACCACUUCUGUCAGAAGUGCGACAGCGGGCCAUAAAUGUGCUUUACGCACUGCAAAAGGUUUACCCAAGUUAAAAUUUUCCAUUCCUUUAUUUCCAACUCACUUCAUUUGUAGCCGCAGGAAUAACAGAGAUAUAUAUCAGGAGCGGACAUAUUUCUGUACAUUUUAUUGGGUUAUCAGUGUGCUUAGCCAUUCACACAUGACCAUUGAUAGUCAGUCAUUAAUAUUUUUUGGGCUUAAUAAGUAGCCUGUAGUCGAAGUAGCAUUUCUGUUUUACUAAUGAUAGCGAGAUCGUGUGCCACAGAAACAGGACAUUGUACAGGUUGUAAAAGACUGCUACAUGUGAGUCAAAGAAAUUAAAAACAUGGAUGGUUAAGGACUUCUCUAUGCUAAAGGGUACGGUUGUUCAGAAACUGCAAUUGCAUUAUCUAGAGUUUAACAAUGGUUUUCUGUAUUUUUCUCUUACCAAGACAACCCACAUUUUCACAACGAUGUAGUCCAUUAUUAGUGAAGGUGAGAUACUGUGCUACCAUGUCUGAUACUAACAUGUUGACUGAUAGCUACAGGUCAACGAUCAUGACUUAUGAUGUGGAGCUGGCUUUGUCCUUGAAGUGUUACCAAAAUGUUAUCUAAAAGAUAAAGAUUAUUUUUGUAUUUUGAACUGGGGUUGUACAAAUUAUAAAACUGUGGAAAACACUGGUUUUCAUCGCUGUUUACAUGGGACUCCCCUUACUUUGAUAUACCUCUCUGACAGGCCAGGGUCAUUUAAGGUCAUAUUCCGAAAAUGUUGGCCCAUUUUUAACUUCUUAUUUCAGUUUUGAACAUGGAAACCUGGAUGAUAAACAGCAGAAUGACACGAGCUACUGGGAUUUAGGUUAUAUAUAAAAUAAACUCCAAAUUAAUGCAACAAACACCUGGGGAGUCCCAAAUAGCAUGACCAAUCCUAAAAACAUUUUUGGGCAAGGAGACCUAGAAAAUAAAGUAAGUUUCUGGUGAUUUAGCCUCUGUAAAUUGUAACUAAUUCAACUGUUGAUUUUAUUUAUGUUUUGUAACUAAUCAAAAUAAAUGAUGUCAAACAUCAAA